AUUACAGCAAUUUAUAUGAAAUGAUAAAACUGUACAUACAUGACAAAAUACUCAGUGAUUUCCUUCAGUUGCUUAACUUUUCUUUUUUCCAAAAUGAAACUCUGGAUUAUCCUCACAAUGACAGUGUUAGGCGCAUCUAGUUCCCAUGUCCAAAAUAUUGAAAGUAGUAUUUUGGUAACAUUAUUAAAUGCAGUUAACAAUCUAUGCAGACUUUAUGAGAAAUAUAUUUUGAGAGUGGACGAGUUUUUAUGGAACACCGAUAAACUAGCAGAUGAUGAGUACGAUUUUGUGAUCGUUGGUGGGGGAUCCGCAGGAUGUGCAUUAGCUAACAGGCUUUCUGAAGUAACGAAAUGGAAGAUACUUCUUCUCGAAGCUGGAGAACCUGAAACUUACUUUAUCGAUAUCCCCUUGUUAGGCCUAGGUUUUGAAAGAGGGAAAUAUGAUUGGUCAUAUUUAAUAGAGGAACAACCAAACGCAAACCUUGGAUUGAUUGAUCACAGAAUGGCAAUUCCAAGGGGAAAGGGAUUAGGCGGUUCCAGUAUUCUAAAUUUUAUGGUUUAUUCAAGAGGAACUAAAACGGAUUUCGAUAAUUGGAAGAAACUGGGAAAUGAAGGUUGGUCAUACGAUGACGUAUUACCUUACUUUCUGAAAUCUGAAGGCGCACAUGGACUGACAAAGGCAGAUUGGAAUUUUCACAAUAAGGAUGGUCCUUUGAGUAUUGAAAAUACGUAUCAAUCUCUCGUAGUUAAAUCAGCUAUAUCAGCCGGUAAAGAUAUCGGCAUUCCCUACGUAGAUUACAACUCUCCACUGACUCCACUUGGAUUUUCUCCUGCACAAUCGCAUUUACGCCAUGGAAAGAGAUUCAGUGCAGCCAGAGCCUACUUAGAACCGAUAGCAAAGAAUAGAUCAAAUCUGGAUAUAGUAACUUCUGCUCUUGUAACUAAACUUCUCAUCAACGACCAAAAGAAGGCAUAUGGCGUGCAAUAUGAAAAAGGCAAAAAAACAUAUUCUGUUCGUGCUCGAAAAGAAGUUAUAUUGUCUGCAGGUGCAAUCAACACCCCUCAAAUCCUGAUGUUGGCAGGCAUUGGUCCCAAGGACCAUUUGGAUGAGAUGGGAAUUCCUUGUGUGCAGAGUUUAGCUGUAGGAAAGCAUUUAAUUGACCACCUGACUUUCCACGGCGUAGUUUUCAAUAUAUAUUUCGAUAUCGACCAAACUACCUUGAGAUAUAUACUUAGUGCUCCAGAAAUUAUUAUGAAGGGAAAAGGUCCAUUAUCCACAUUAGGAGGAGUCGAAGGUGUGGGUUUCGUGAAAACAAAUCUAUCUACUUACGAAGAGGAUAAUCCCGAUAUUGAGUUUUUGUUUAUAAGAGGUCAUCUGGCUUCUGAUCAUGGAAAUUGGAUAAGACCAGCUUUCAGGCUCCAAGAUGAUCUCUACGAAAAAACAUUCAAACCUUUAGAAAAAAAACCAUGCUGGACAAUAGCUCCAGUUCUUCUUCAUCCAGAGUCCGAGGGACAAGUGAAACUGAAAUCAACCGAUCCUCACGACCCUCCUUUGAUUUAUGCAAAUUACUUCACCGAUAAAAACAAUAAUGAUAUCAAAAGGUUCAUAGCUGGUAUCAGAAUAAUCGAGAAACUCGAAAAAACAAGAGCUUUCCGAAGUAAUGGAGCAAAGUUGAGCAACAUACCCAUUCAUGGAUGUCAGCAUCACGAAUUACGCAGCGAUGCCUACUGGGAGUGUGCACUAAGAACUAUGUCGAAUACCUUAUACCAUCAAAUGGGUACAUGUAAAAUGGGACCAAGAGAAGAUCCGACGAGUGUAGUUGACAGCCGGUUUCGG